AAUGCAGUCAACAAGCAACCACCGCGCACUUGUUCGUAUGUGUGUAUUGGUGUUGAACAACGGAGCGCCAGCAAUACGGCCAACAGCAGGCAAGCAAUUGAUUUGCCAGUCAAGCAACGGACCAAACCAGCACGUUCGGCUCAGAGUCGUUUAGUCAGAACACAACAGUUCAACAGUGGCGGCGGUCAGUAAACAUGUGUGCGCGCAUUUAGUGUUUGUCUACUUGCUUAACAAUAUUUUGUAGUUUAAAAACGCGACGCGCGGCUGCUGAUUAACAACAACCAAACAUGACCGGCAUUAAGUAGAAAAAAAAAUGAAUUAAAUUAUGCGAUUUUUUGUUGUACGAGUACGUUAUAUUGUUUAGUUUGUGAACAAAUCGACUACGAAAUAUAACGCGUAACACGGCGGCUAAUUAUAAAAACGAGUUAUAAACAGUUUUCUUUUGCCUAGUUAGUGCUAUUGUUAUUGUUGUGUGAAAAUACGGGCAAAAGUGUAAAGUGAUGCGGCGAAAAGACUGAAUUGAAACGCGGAAAAUUUGUGUACAGCCGGUAGUCUGAGAAAAGUAUUUCGUACGCGUCAAACUUCGUAAAUGUACCGCGCGCUUGUGAAAAUAAUACACAUUUUUUUAAUAACAAAUUAAAAAGCAGCGCUACUAAGCGCCUUUGUUCUAACUGCUGUUCAAUAAGACUCGUGUGAAUGUAGCGCGCGCUAAUAACAACCGCAACAACAGCAAGUUAUAAGUAAAUGGCAGGCAAAUUAAUUCACUGAUUUCACCUGCAAAUUGACGCGUGACACGACGCGCCGCGGCACUGGCUUAUUAGAGAGCCGCGCAACGGGUGGCGCCACGACUUAAUCAUUGUAAUUAUGCACAAUUACAAGAAUAUAAAACUGUUAUAUAACUGUAAAAUGAGUGAGCAGUAAGCGCACUAGUAUUUCUGAAUGGAAACUACAAGUUUUUAAGUCAAAAGGCAGUUAACGCAACGCGCCGCGCUACCGAAAAUAAUUAAGUGAUAAACAACAGCGUUGCAACUGUAAUGCACAACACACACACACGGGUCCACUUAAUUUAUGGCAAUUGUGUAUGCGUACGCGCGUGCGUCCAGUGAAGCGCGCGUAUGUUAUUAACACUUAGACACGCGCGUCAAACAGUUUUUCGGCCACAAAGCACACGAGUAAUUCCAAUGCAAAAUAAGCGUUUGAAAGCAUGAGAGAAAAUUGCUGAUAAUAAUAAGAGUAAUUGGCUUUUUACUACAAAACGAUGAUAAGACAAAUAGUGGCACGCGAAGUUCCAACCGCUCAGCAUUCAUUCCAUGCCGCUCAACUAACAGCGUAUGUGCAUCUCCAUUGCAAACGCUUCGCGCACCACUCUGCAAUUGCUGCUGCCGUCAGUUUUCCCCAGUAAUGUGUUAUCGUUGCAUGCGCGCGAUUGUAGCCAUCCUGUGUCCAGCCGCGCUCAUUUAAGACGAUACCCUGCGCAUUUUCCAUUCAUUGACAAAUCAACCGUCGUGCGCUAUUGUCGGCUCGGCUGCCGUUUGCCGUUUGCAUUCACAAAACGUUUUUCUUUGCCUUUGUAUUUGGAAGUCGCAAGUCAUUCAUGAGACGCGCUGCUUGCCACACGCGCGUAUGUUCUUAGUGCAUUCGUUAACUGAUUGUCAGCAGUGAUUUUGUGACAAGUGAAAUGAAACGUGAAAAAUAAAUGCAUAAAGCAAAUCGGUAUCGCAAAUGCAAGACGCAAUAAAAUUAAAUGCAAAAUGCAAUUCAAUUUACCAACAAAAAAUAUCAAUAAAUAUUUUUUUUUUAUACAAAAUUAAAUAUAUAUAUGUAUGAAUGCAAAAUAUAAUAAUCCUAUCGUAAAUUGUAAAAAUUCGUCGUCGCAUUCACUGCGCCCUUAAUUAACGGUUAUAAAAUUGAUGAAAUGUGUUUGCGAGAGUAAUAAUGGCAUUACAAUCGAUUUUUUGAAAAACGCAAUCGCACGAAUACACGGCAAAAAAAUUAGAUCCACAGUCGGUCAGUCAGCAAAGUGUGCGCCCGGGCGCUUAGACGGCAACGCGUACAUGUAGCCACGCACAUUUAUAUGCAUGUAGCACAUCCGAUAGCUAUCUACGCACUCGCAAAACACAAAUUAUACGUGUAAACAACGCGUGGACACACACAAUCACAUACGCACACAUACACGCACACUAAAGCGCCUCUGAAAAAAAGCGUCAACGAUUCGCGAACGGCCGGAUCAACAGCAACACAAAGGCGAAGCAGACAGACAACCCACUAGCCACCAGCCACCAGCUAGCCAGCCGUUCAGCUACACAGCGCUAGCCACAGCUCAACAGCUCGACAACGCCGGGCGGAAAGCGUUUUCGAGUGGCGCAUACAAAACUUGGGAUUGCCCGCGUGUCUGCGUCUGCGUCUGCCGCGCGGCGACGAAGCCAAUUCAAACUGUAGCAGAUAUCAAUCCACAUGCUGAGCAUAAUUAAUUUGCCGCACGCCAGUUGAGUCGGUCAGUGAUAGUGCGCGCAGGCGACACACCUACAAACAAACAAACGCGCCGGCUGUGCGACGGACAGACAGAUUGGCAAUAUAUUAUAAACAUACAUACAGCUGUGUGUAUGUGUGUGUGUAACACCACGGCGGCGUUCGCUAGCUGGUAGCGUCUGCUACUGUUGCUCAACACUUCAACGCAAACAAGUGUACAUAUAUGUAUGUACGCUUGUGUUUUAACACGUAUGUAUAUUUGUGUGUAUUAAAUUAUAAAUGUGUGUACAUUAACUUAUGUAUAUAUGUAUGUGUGUUUAGCGCUGUUCUAAAGCAUUUCCAUGCAUUUGGUUUUAUUGGAGUGCAGCCGCUACCGUUGUCUGUAUGUAAAAUCGCGCGCGCUUGCUCUGAAUAAAGUCUAUACAUAUAUAAAAGCUAAAUAUUACAUACAUAUGCGCAGCAGAUAUACAUAUGUAUAUGCAUGCGUAUGUAAAUAUGCGCGUCGUGCCUACCAAUCGGUGUUCUACAACUGAAUUCUGCAAACAAGUAUUAUAGACGACAAAAAGUAUAAAGAUAUAAUAAUAAUAAUAAAUGUUAAAAAAUAAUUAAAACAACAACAACAAAUGCCAAACAGUUAAACUGCUUCACCUCGCAAUGCUACCGUUUCCAUGCACCACAACUGAUUACAACAAUUUAAAGCUGAUUAAAAAUAAUGCAUAUGAAAAUUUCACUACGAUUGAUUAAACUAAUUUUUGAAAAGAAGAAAAUUUCGGUUCCAUCAUCACAAUCAUUAAUACCUAUGCCGUUAUGGAGUUUUUAAAAUAGUAACAACAACAACAAAAACACAACACACUGAAAUAUAAUGCAUAGACGCUCUCAAGUAUUGCUGCAAAACCUGAAAUCUUGCUGAAAUAAAUUAAAAGCAAAUCGAAAAAAUAAAGCAAAAACAAAAACAAAGAUAAAUUUCGCAAAGUAACCGAAUAAAACAACAAAAACACACACACUUGCAAUGAACAAGGAAAUGCGAAAAAGGCAAAAGCCGCAACGACGGCAACCAACAAAACGACAACAAUAUGCAAUUAAAACAACAACAAUAGCAACAACACCACCGCCAACCCGUGUGACAGUGAACAACGAAUUUGUGCGCACAAUGGCAAUUGUUGCAGAUAGUGCCGAUAUCGUUGCUGUUGUUGUUGCCAACGACAAGAAGGCUCAAAGUUGUUGCGCCAACGAUGAGCAACGCUGUAAUAACUGCCGGCAAAAGCAACAACAAGACCGGCAACAGCAUUUUCGGUCUAUAAAAUCUCUAGCACUGCCGCAGCAACAACAACCACAACAGCAACAGCGUCAGGGAUGUGAGCAUCAUGUAAAACGCCAUCUGCGGUCAUGGCCGGGACAGCGGUCAAAGUUCAGCGCCUGGUUGCUGACAACUGUGUUCAUCGUGGCCAUUUGCCUGGUGCAGAGCGCGCAUACGAAUCUCUUAUUUGGUAAUUUGUUAUCGUGUUCCAAUGAAGGCGAAGUGGUGCAAAUCACGGAAUUAAAAAUAACGUCAAAAUGUUAUCAAUGUACCUGCAAGAAUGGAUUUGUAAAUUGUGAAAAAGGAAGCUGUCCCCCUAUUGAUGAUUGCUAUUUAUUGGAUCCCAAACCGCGUGACACAUGCUGUAAAAGGUGCAAAGGUUGCAUAUAUCGUGGUAUACCUUACCCAAGUGGCUCUGAGUGGGCUGAUCCCGAAGAUCCUUGUAAAACCUACAAAUGUGUGGCCAGUGUUGUCACCGAAACGACAAUGAAAUGCUUCAAUCAAUGCGAUGAUGAACACGUUAUACCGCCAAAACCCGGUGAAUGCUGUCCGACAUGUCAAGGUUGCAAGAUCAAUGGACAAGUAGUGGCCGAGGGUCAAGAGGUAGUCGGCUCGAUAGACGAUCGUUGUAUGGUGUGUCAAUGUUCAAAAAACGAGCUGACAUGCGCAAAGAAGACGUGUCCCAUACUCCAGUGCCCCAUAUCAAAGCAAACACAGAAUCCUAACGAAUGCUGCCCACGCUGUACCGAACAACGGGAAUUCAUGCCGGUAAUUGGCAAGUGCAUUUUCAACAACAAGGUCUACUACGACAAGACGCAAUUUAUGCCCGACCGUUGCACCAACUGUACCUGCAGCAACGGCACCUCGAUCUGUCAGCGCAACACCUGUCCCAUACUGGAGUGCUCGCCCGAGUAUCAAGAAAUGGACGGUUGCUGCCCGCGUUGCAUCACUUCCGAAGUGCGUAACGAAUGCAUACACAAAAGUGUGACCUAUAUGAAUAACGAAACGUGGAAUUUAGGACCGUGCCGUUCAUGUCGCUGCAUCGCCGGACAAAUACGUUGCUCGGAGAUGCGCUGUCCGCCGUUGAAAUGUAACUCAAACGAAGAGAAGAAAACAUUGGCGGGUGAGUGUUGUCCGCGCUGCAUAGAAACUCCCGGUACAUGCACCGUCUUCGGCGAUCCACACUUCAAGACGUUCGACGGCAAAUUUUUCAGCUUUCAGGGUUCAUGCAAGUAUCUGCUGACUGCCGACUGUCACGACAAGACAUUCUCUAUACGUUUGACGAACGAUGGACGUGGCACGAAACGUUCGUCUUGGGCGAAAACAGUUACGCUGAAGAUGCGCGGCAUGCGCGUAACUUUAGGACAAAAAAUGCGCGUCAAAGUGAACGGUAGUCUCGUGAUCUUGCCGUAUACCGGAGCGUCCGACACACCAAUUGUCAACAUCGAACGACUGGGCGAACAUAUAAUGCUACAAACCGAUUUGGGUUUGAAACUCGAAUGGGACGGCAACAAUUUCCUACAGGUAACCGCACCGACGUCCUACAAAAAGAAGCUGUGCGGCCUGUGCGGCAAUUACAAUGGCAUCGGACGUGAUGAUCUCAGCAGCCGUGAUGGCAAUAAUCACACCGACAAGGAAGUAUGGCGUUUCGCCAACUCCUGGAAAGAGGGCGGUCCGAAGGCAUGUUCGCGACGUGUGGAAAAAAUAUCGGCACGUCCCAAUUGCAAGGAGCGCAAAGCGAAUGCCGCCUGUCGGUGGCUGCGCGAAUCUGAAGUAUUCGGUAACUGUGAUAAUAGACUAAAUCCCAAUAACUAUUUCGACGCGUGCAAGAUGGACGUGUGCGAGUGUCCCAAUCGCAUGUGUCAUUGUGACAGUUUCGCAGCGUACGCGCAUGAAUGCCGACGCUUGGGCGUCGAAGUAUCGGAGGAGUGGCGCAAGCGCACCAAAUGCCCAGCGGGUAUGUGGCGCAGGAAUCCAACUAAAAUGGCGCUGCUGCAGCAUCAUCAACACAUUGGCGGCGGCAGCGGUGUGCGCAGUGGCGCACAAGCGCGUCGACGCAAGCAUCACCAACAGCAAAAACAGCAGGCACAACAACAACUGGAACUGCAGCUGCAGCUGCAACAGUUGCAGGAGCAAAGCAACCAGCACAGCUUCAUGUCCAAGCACGUGCCGAAGAGUCUGCUGGCACAUAAGUCGCCAAAUCGAACGCCGCCACCGUUGCAUUGAACGCGCGCAUGCGCGUAGACUCGCGUACAUAGCGCAAGUGUGGCUAUAUGCGCAUACACACAUGCAUACAUUCAACACUAAGCUAUAUUAGGCUAUGAGUAAUACACAUACAUACAAAUAAGUUAUCAAAUUUAUAUUUAACUAGAAAAAAAGUGAAAAAUUUUUUGUAAAAAGUAGACGAAAAAGCAUAUUGCUUCUGCUCAUCUAUUUUAAGCUUGUAUAUGUGUGUGUGCGUGCAAUUCUUUUGUAAUUAUAAGUAAUCUACAUGUAUUUGUAUAUGUAAUUGUAGCAUCACUGUUUUCUGUGCUCUGUUUUAUACCAACUUAUUAUUAUUAAUAACUCCAUUAGUUCUUAUUUAAGCUUAACUAUGUAUAUUCUAAGUGUAUAUAUGUAUUAGUAGCACCUAUGUAUGUAGAUUUCGUAUUUUGUUCUAAGAACUUUUCGUCUACUUCAACCGUAACGGUUCCUAACUCACACACAUGCACACACUAACACACAUAUAUUUGCAUUUACUCAACAUACAUACCUAUGUACAUAUGUACAUGUACACCCAUUUGCAUGCAAAAGUUGGCACUUUAGUGCGCAUGCACGUCCCACCAGCAAUAGGAGUAGCGCAAAUAGCAUGCCUGCGUCAAGUCUGUAGCGAGUGACAUGCAGUUUUGCGAUUGAAACACAACAAAGCCGCUACUCAUUUAUCCAUUGAAGCCAAGCUCACAAAUGUUCUUAAAUUUGUUGUUUUUAAUUACUGUUUGUAAAAGUAGCAGCAAUAAAAUGCUUUUGUGACGUGCUUUAAGCACGAUUUUCAAGUAUUGAUUCACCGUUUACAAAUUUAAUAUUGUUACAAUGUUAUUUUGUACUCUUAUUUAUUAUUUUAUCUUUCUACUUGCAAAUAACUUUAAAUUUUAAUUUUUUUCGUUUUUUAUAAUUACAUUUUAAAUUAUUUUUUAUCCUUAUACUUGUAGAGAUUUUUAUUUAUUUUAAUACUUGAUAAUAAUAUAUAUAUAUUUUUUAAAUAUUAUUAGUUUUUAUAUACCUUUAAUUAGUUUUUAGUUUUUAACACAAUUUGUUUUUGGAUUUUAAUUUUUAUUCUUUAUAUUGGCUCGUUCACUAAGUAAUGCCUCUUUUCAGUGCAAUUUAAAUACGAUUUUUAUAUUAUGUAAAACAUUUUAUGAAAUUCUAUAUUCCCCAUUUUGAUCCUGGCAGGCAAAAAGUUUUUGGCGAAUCAUCAAACUUCGAAGUGGUUUAAACUGGUUCAUCCUUUUUAGACGAUGAUCGCUUGUGCUCUACAUUCUUGUAAAAAACCCACUUUCCGUCGCCAGUUACAAUGCGCUUCAAAAAUGGAUCACUUCUUUGACUUUUGAUAAGCAAAUCAUAGUGGUUAGUGCGACGAAGCAAAUUUCGUUCUGUAAGAACAUUAGGAACCCAUAUGUCAAGCUUCCAAAUUAAUCAUAAACAUGUGCUCGUGAACGGUCGCGUUAGACAAAUUUAAUCUUCCGACGAUUUGCAUUGACAAACGACUUUACUUUAUCCACAUCGGUUUCCAGAGUUCUUCCAGGACGUUGUGCAUCCUUAAGAUCGAAAUUGCUGGAACGAAAUUUGGAAAACCAAUUUUGGCAUUGGCGUUCGGCCAACACAUCUUCGUACACAUCACAUAAUUUUCACCAUGUUUUUAUUUUUCACCGAAUUUUAUUUUUUUGAUUGUAAAAUAGUAAAAUAUGACGAAAAUGCGGUUUUCGAUCUUUCAUCUUCAAUAAUUCAAUAAAAUCAGCUGUUGUCAUCAAACGACAUUUUUUAUUGAACGAUCCAAUACUUGUCAAUUAUUUUAAUUAAUUUGUAUCAAUUUUUAUAUUUUUUAUUUUAAUUAAUUUUGUUUUUUUUGUUUAAUUUUUAAUCUACCAUAAUCUCGUCUUGAGGCAUGAAUUUAAAAUAAUUUUUGAGGGUCGAAAAAAAAGGAAAUUAAUAUUUUUACUAUCCAUUUUUCUAUUAUUUAUUUUUUAACAUUACAAAAGUACAGGAAAAAAAGUUAAAAAUUUCAAAGGUUAGCUGCUGAUGAAGUGGGGAGUCUCAAAAAAUUGGCACGUGACCAUACCCACGAUUUCAACCCUACUAGCUAACUGAAACAAACAAAAAAAAUGAUGUGAGAAUAAUGUCGCAAUGUCUGGUUCUACGGAAAAGUGGGAUAAUUUUUUUUUUUCACAAAAUAGCGACUGUGUGCAAACAGAAAACAAUUUUUGUACCACUGUUUUGACUAUUUUGAAUUUUUUUAAAAUAGUAAAAAUUAAAAUUUGUGGAUAAGUGAAAAAUCUUAAAAAUGUCAAGUAAAUUGGUUCAGUAGAUCCUGAGAAAUCAUGGGUAUCGUUUUGAAAAAGACAGUUUCGAGAAAAACGUCACCAGUUUGGAUACCAGAUCGCAAAAUACCUAAGCACAUAUUUCUCCGUAAAUGUAAAGAGUUUCGAAAAAUGAUCUUGUAGACUUAUUCUUGAAUAGUUAAAUUUUAAAACUAUAAAAAAAAAAAUAUUUAUGUCCAGACUAGAAUUUUUUUGCACUUUCGAUUAAUAAU